CGACCGUGCUGGUGGCAUUUGCUGGGAACAUACGCCAUUUUGUUAAACGUUUGGAUUGUUUGAGAAACGCUCCUCGUUGGAGUCGGUGUUUUUACCACGAUAGUACGGGCUUAAAAUUCGUUUCGAAUCCAAAACAAAACGCCGGUAUGGGUGAUUAUCAAGUUGGUGGUGUACAACAGGAUGCGCUCGGCGCCGUACAGCUAGAACUCGGAGGUAACCCCAAUGCCCUGGCCCUACGACGUCCUUUCGAUCCUCUGGCACACGACUUGGAAGCGAGCUUCAGAUUGACGCGUUUCGCCGAUUUGAAAGGCCGCGGCUGCAAAGUGCCCCAGGAAGUCCUAAACAAACUGGUUGAGGGGCUCCAGCAAGACUACAACAGCAGCGGAGACAAUGAGCAUCAUUUCAUGCAUAUGGCUGUUCCAAGGAUCGGAAUUGGCCUUGAUUGUUCUGUCACCCCAUUGCGCCAUGGAGGAUUGGUAUUGGUCCAGACUACAGAUUUCUUCUAUCCCUUGGUCGAUGAUCCCUACAUGAUGGGAAAAAUUGCCUGUGCUAACGUUCUGAGUGACCUGUACGCUAUGGGGGUCACUGAAUGCGACAACAUGCUUAUGUUGCUGGGAGUAAGCACCAAAAUGACUGAAAAAGAACGAGAUGUUGUGAUUCCCCUUAUCAUGAGAGGAUUUAAAGAUUCCGCUUUGGAAGCUGGUACCACUGUGACCGGAGGACAAACUGUAGUAAAUCCUUGGUGUACUAUUGGAGGUGUUGCAUCGACUGUGGCUCAACCAAACGAAUAUAUUGUACCGGAUAAUGCUGUUGUGGGAGAUGUACUUGUAUUGACAAAACCUCUAGGAACGCAGGUUGCAGUAAAUGCCCACCAAUGGCUGGACCAACCAGAACGUUGGAACAGAAUCAAACUGGUUGUGAGUGAAGAAGAUGUUCGUAAAGCUUAUCAUCGUGCGAUGGACUCUAUGGCAAGAUUAAACCGCAUUGCCAGUAGAUUGAUGCACAAAUACAACGCCCACGGCGCUACAGAUGUUACUGGUUUUGGGCUCCUUGGUCAUGCCCAAACUCUUGCUUCUCAUCAAAAGAACGAAGUGUCAUUUGUGAUCCACAACUUGCCUGUAAUUGCUAAAAUGGCUGCAGUAGCUAAAGCGUGUGGAAAUAUGUUCCAACUACUACAAGGGCACUCUGCAGAAACAUCUGGUGGAUUGCUGAUCUGUUUACCCCGAGAACAAGCUGCUGCUUAUUGUAAAGACAUUGAAAAACAAGAGGGAUACCAAGCAUGGAUCAUUGGUAUUGUAGAAAAAGGGAAUAGAACGGCGCGUAUCAUUGACAAACCAAGAGUUAUUGAGGUUCCGGCAAAAGAAUAAAAACCUACCUACUAGCGGUAUUUAAAAUUUUUACAUUUAAAAUAUAAAUUUUCUUCACGUAACAAGCAGUUAAUUCUGUAACUGUUUAUGUUGAAACAAGCUGUCACUGCUUGUAGGUAAAUUUUGUUUGAUUAAUUUUAUUUCAUUAGCAUUUAGCUUUCCUUACCUACCUAUUUUGUAAAUUUGUUUUUAUGGAUAUAUUUUUGUCACACUUUUAUUGUCAAGGAAGGAAAAGUCCUGAGUUUUUUUGAAAUCUAUUUUGUUUGUCUAGGAUUAGUAAUACUUUGAUAAAAUGUAAAGACAGUAUAGUUUUUUUGAUAUUCACAUUUUAAAAGAAAAUAGUAUAGAAAUUCCAAUUAUUUGGUAUUUUGUAUAAUUCGUAUGUUCCUUUGACGUAAUGUUGAAGGUGAAAAUAUAAUAUUUUCUUUUGAUUCUAGUUUAUUGAUCCUAUCCUUAAGAUCCUUUUUUUUUCAUAUAAAUAAGGAUUUUGACAAAUAAUUCUAUUGACUAAUUAUUCAAGUUUAUUUUCUAUUUCAGUAUAAAGAACCUUUCUCUUCAGGAUAUAAAAAGUAUAUAAUAAUAUCUCCUUUAUGGGUAUUUACAAUUUCUUCAUGUCUAAUUAAAUAAAUUGCUGCCAGUCCAUAUGCUAGACAAGGAAUUCCUGAAAAAUUAAAUACUUCAAAUUUUUUUAGAUAAAUUAGGUAUUUCAGCUAUGCUUACCUAAAUUAAUUACCUUGAUGACUCUAAAAAAAUAAUCUUCUAUGGUAAGAUCUUGUGCUUUUCUUUUUGUACAAUGGUAUUUAAUGUAUGGAUAACAUCCAGUUCUCAAAAUGUGAUAAUUUGAUUUUCCCACUUGCCAGUUGAAGUGUGAUUUGCCCCAUUGAUCAUCUCUUAUACUGCUAUACUGGAAUAAGAAAUUCCUUUUCAACAAGAAUUACAAUGUUUUCAAAAACUUUUACAAAUUGAUUACGAGAGGUACAACAACGUUUUGAAAAAAUGAAAGCAAGUAUGAGGACGAGUACCUAUACCAAAUUUAUUUUUUGCUAUCUGCGCAUCUAUAAUCUAGGUCAAUAGGCUCGUAAAAUAAAAGUUAUUUAUAUCUUAUAAAUAUGUCUAGUGAUAUGAAUUAGGGAACGUUCUGAAUUUGCACCCACUUUCCCGGCUGAGCAUUUUGGGGCCCAAUCGAGAAUAUGCUCGAAAAUUCUCUUGACUUUACAAGUUCACUUAUUGGUUGCUUUUAAAUACGAGACCAAAAUCCUAAACUAAACACGAUGACAAUAGGUCUGUUUCUGCAAAAAUCACAAACCAGUCACAGUGAAUUUCAUUGGUUGAAACUAGUUUUCUGACCGUUUCUGACUGUUUCUGACUGUUUUCAACUAAUAAAAUUCGCUCUGACUGGUUUGCGAUUUCUGCAGAAACAGACCUAAUAAAAUUCGUUCAAAAUAUAAUAAGCCGGACCAACCAGCAACCUCUCAACUUCCCUCCUAAAAUGUCUCAGGAGGGGGAUGGAUAUCAAAUUCAAAUUCCUUGGCAAAAUGGUUGUAAAUCUGCUUUCAUAUACCGGGUGGGGCACGAAAAACUUUCCACCCAGGUUUUUUCAGGUGUUGGGUGUUUAAUCAAAAAUCGCUCAGACACAUCAAUUUUUGUUUUUUGGGGGACACAUUUUAUUGGUAUUUUCACGCCCUACCUGUGAACCCCUAAGUGGGGGUAACAGAUAACCUCAAAAUUUCAAAUGGAAAGAAGGGUCGAGUGAUACGUACGUCAUUUGGUAGCUAUUUUCAUUGAGAUUAUAUUCCCGAAGUUUCAAGUUGCUACUAUUAACCCUAUAUAAAUGCCUUUUUUCGAUAAUCUAAGCUGUAUAGUUUUUACCUGUCACACCUAUUCGUAGGUAACAGGUAAAAACCACAUAGCAUUUUUCCAUUGAUUUUUCCUAACUUUGACAAGCCGCCAUUUCGACAGGGUGAAUAGUAGCAACUUGAAACUUCGGGGAUAUAAUCUUGAUGAAAAUAGCUAUCAAAUGACGUAUCACUCGACCCCCCUUUUCAUUUGAAAUUUUGUGGGUACCUACUUGUCAUCCCCACUUAGAGGUUUACAGGUAGGGGGUGAAAAUACCAAUAAAAUGUGUCCCCCAAAAAACAAAAAUUGACGUGUCUGAGCGAUUUUUGAUUAAACACCUAACACCUUAAAAAACCUGGGUGGAAAGUUUUUCGUGCCCCACCCGGUAUAACAGAUUUUUUUACCAGUGUGGAGUGGGGCAUGGGUAACAUUAAGUUAGACGAGUUUCUGGUCGAAUAGAUAACUGUAUAAAGUUAGGAUUGUCUUUUUCUUAAAUAAAGGUCUGCAGUGAUCUAUAUUGUUGGCACCACAGAUGUACCUAAGAGCCCAAUUCUGAAAUAUAAAAACAGAGUCCACAGAUUCUGGGAACAGAACCCCCAAAACCAUAUCUUAACCCUGACUCAAACAAGGCAAAAUAGACCAAUCUGAACAAAGAACGUCCCAGUUCAAUGGCCGUUAUUCUGACUGCAAAACACCCAGAUGAUAUUUUCUUUGAAAGACUGCAAUGUGAGAUUUAAAACUCAAUUCAGUGUCAAUAAUAAGUUCCAGAAACUAGUCUCAUGUCGACAUUCAAUAGAAAUAUUGUGGACAUUGACGAGUCCUAGAUCGCAUCUAAAUCACAAAAUAUUUGUUUUAGUUAAGUUUAACACCAGAAGAUUAGAAUCACACCAAGAUUUGAGCUGUUGAAAAUCUGUGAACUCGUUUUAGACUCUGGUGGUCAGCACAGUGCCAUAGAAUUGUGAUGUCUGCAAAACAAAGUAAAUUUCCCGGUAAUAUUUAGUAACACAAGGUCAUUUAUAAAAAAUAGGAAUAGGAGUGGUCCCAGUACCGACCUCCGAGGUACAUCCCAAUUAUUUUCUAAAACCACUGAUUGAAACGUUCCAAUGUAAACUUUCUGAUGACGAUCAGACAAAUAGAAUUGUAACCAUGUGAGUGUCACCCCUUAAAGCCAUAGUGAGAGAGCUUCUGCAACAGGAUGUGGUGAUUGACGCAAUCAGUUGCUUUUGAUAAAUCGCUGAAAGCUGCUGCAGUUACUCCAACACUAUAACUGCCGGAAUAAAAACCUUCCAAAAAUUGGAAAAUCUCAUCAUCUGUAUUGCGAUGUUCUUGAAAGCCAAAUUGAAAACAACAUUGUUUGUAUUCAAAAAUGAGAUCAUUAUACUUUUAGCCAGCUUUUCUACAAUUUUUUUGGAUAGAUUAGGAUUAGAAAGUAGUGAUAUGGGCCUAUAAUAAUUAGAGGGAUCUCCCAAAUCUCCGCUCUUGUGAAAUGGAAUUACUAUUGCCAGCUAAAGAUGAAGAGAAGACAUCAGACGCCCAAGAUAAAUUGAUUGUCUGAACCAAAACUUUGUCAGGCAAAUUUGCACAGAUCAUCAUCCUCAGAGCUUUUUUUAUUUUCAAUACCUGAUAUGAUCUGUUUUAAUUCUUCCAGAGCAGUGGGCAAAAAGUCAGUCAGGAGACAUGUCGCUAUUAUUAAUGUUUGGGAAAAAAAUGACUUUUCCCUCGAAUAUCGUUUAUAAUCGACCAACUUUCCCUUUGUUUGUUGGAUGCAUUUGCAAGACGAUAGGAGUAAUGUUAUUCUUUGACUAACUAUAAGUUUUCUAUAGAUUGACCGGUAGUUAUUAAAAUAGGUGUGAAAGUGUGGAAUAUCCUGGAUUAUCUGUGAAUUUUCUAAUAUAGUGAAGAUUUCGAAGAUUCUUAGAAGACACCUUAAGUCCUCUGGUAAACCAGGGUUUUUUAUCUGGUAAUUUAAUUCCCUAACAGGAAAUGUCGUGUGAAAACUUUUCAUCAAUUUAUUGUGAAACUCCCCAAUAGGAUCCAGAGACGAAUAAACAGUCC